AUGGAAGUUGAUUCUCAAAGUCGGAUUUCUACCCGCAAUGCCAAAGCGAGAUUACGGGCGAAGACUAUGAACGAGGCGAUGGAAGAACUUAACGAAAUGAGUCGAAAACAUCUCGUUAAAAGGAAGCGUUGUCCUGGAAAGAAGCGUCAUACAAAACUGUGCACUCUUCGCAACACAAAAGACGUGAUCUUAAUAAUGGAGGAGGAGCUUGCUGAGUACGAAAGGCACAAUAAACUGCUAGAAAAGUAUGUUUCGGAUAACGAUGGAUUCUUGCGGACACAGCAAGAAAGAUCGGAAAAUAAGCGAAAAGAAGAUGAGAAAAAACAAGCUCUUCUUGUGGCUCAGUACGAAAAGGACAUUUCCAACUACGAAAGCGAGCUGGAAAAGAUCAGGCUGGAGCUCGCAAAAUGCAAAGAAGAACUGAAAUCGAAAGGAGAAUCGCGCCGCGAUUCAGUUGAAAAGCAGUCGACGAAGAAAAUAAAGAUUGAAAUCAAUAAUAACGACAAUUCGACAAACAAAUUCAUCAAGCUUGAGCCGCAAGAUUUCAUCCCUCCAUCGCCGAAAUCAAGAGGAUCGAAGCUGAAAUCGAAAAAGCGCGUUUCUUUCUCCCCGGAGAAUCAGAUCCGCGUGUUCAAAAGAGAAGCUGGCAGAACAAUGCGUCCACUACCGGUUCCAUACCGGCGUAUACAAACUCGCAGAACUGGCAAAGCUGUUCGAAAAACAACCCGUCCGUCAUGA